UGCGGCUGGUCUUUUUUUGUCGCCAGUUCUUUUGAGUCACCGGCCCCUCAUUGCGUAAAGCGCCCCUCUCUCCCCCCUCCUACUCGUCUCGUCGACCUUCUUUAUGACACUCUUUCCUCCCCGAUUCGCCUUUUCCUUGACGUAUCGAAUCAGACGGCGGCCUCCAUCGAUUUCUGCUUUCACUGUCUCCAGGAGAAUGGCUUCCUCCCGCCAGCAGCCCCCGUGGCAGCAGCCUACGUUACACCCCGAAGCCAGCGCUCGAUUACCUCCUCUGAAAGUCUAUAA